AUAUAAAAGGCGCCUGAAACCGCCCUCAGUUUUUCCUGCGCAACGCAACCAUGGCAUCGAAGCUGUACCUCUUUUCGUUUAUACUCUUUGUUUGCACUGCUUACUUGCAAGCGUUGAACGAAAUACCUGGCGAAGAAAACUGCGAAACUUUGCCAUCGGAAAUUCAUUUAAUCAAAGAGGAAUAUGACGAAUUGGGAAGACUUCAACGAACUUGCAAUGGGGAAGUGGCUGUGAACAAAUGCGAAGGCACUUGUAACAGUCAAGUACAACCAUCGGUUAUUACACCAACUGGAUUUUUAAAAGAAUGUUACUGCUGCCGCGAAAGUUAUCUGCGCGAGCGUGUGAUUACGCUGACUCAUUGUUACGAUCCUGACGGAAUGCGGCUGACAGCCGAUAGCCAGAAACAAAUGGAUAUCAAGCUGAAGGAGCCGGCCGAGUGCAAGUGUUACAAGUGCGGCACCACCUCAACAGAUGAGUGUCAGGUUACACCAGUCAUCCAUGUCUUGCAAUACCCAGGAUGUGUACCAAAACCAAUACCGAGUUUUGCGUGCAUCGGCCGUUGUGCAUCAUAUUUACAAGUGAGUGGCAGCAAAAUCUGGCAAAUGGAGCGUUCGUGCAUGUGCUGCCAGGAAUCGGGCGAACGGGAGGCCUCCGUUUCUCUUUUCUGCCCGAAAGCCAAGCCUGGAGAGAAGAAAUUCAGAAAGGUAUCAACAAAAGCACCGCUGGAGUGUAUGUGCCGUCCGUGCACUGGAGUUGAAGAGAGUGCUGUGAUUCCGCAAGAAAUCGCCGGGUAUGCUGAUGAAGGUCCGCUGUCGAAUCAUUUUCUUAAAUCGCACGCCCAAUAAUUUCGCAGGUGGUAUUCUUAGUUAUUUUAUGUGUUACAACAAAAAUGUGUUCAUGUUCUAGUCCCAAAUUACCAAAAUAAACAAUUCUCUGUGCUGCAAAUACGCAUUUAAAACGUUUCAUCCAAAUGAAUUCAAUUAUUCUAAUUUUUGAACGUUUACUGUCAUUUUAUUUAUAUGGGAAGUACCUGCCGAAUAAGUCGAUAUUUCGCUGAGUUUUCUGCAAUCAUAAAUGUACAUAAGAAAAGCAAGAAAUAAAACACAAACGAA